UUCGGAGCGGAGCUUCAUAAAGCGCGCUCUGCUCGGUAUCUCUAUUUAAAGUCCUCCUGGAGAAGCGAGGUUUUAGCACCGUGUCAGUGAUUCAGAAUGAGGGAAAUAGUUCAUGUUCAGGCCGGACAGUGCGGCAACCAGAUCGGAACCAAGUUCUGGGAAGUUAUAAGUGAUGAGCACGGGAUUGAUCCAGCAGGGAACUAUGCGGGUGACUCAGCCCUUCAGCUCGAGCGGAUUAAUGUGUACUACAACGAGGCAUCCUCUCAUAAAUAUGUUCCUCGAGCAGUACUGGUGGAUCUGGAGCCCGGCACAAUGGACAGUGUCCGGUCCGGCACGUUUGGACAGCUCUUCAGACCAGACAACUUCAUUUUCGGACAGACAGGUGCUGGGAACAACUGGGCCAAGGGCCACUACACUGAGGGUGCAGAACUUGUGGAUUCGGUUCUGGAUGUGGUGAGGAAAGAAUGUGAGCACUGCGAUUGCCUCCAGGGCUUCCAACUCACACACUCACUGGGUGGUGGCACCGGCUCAGGCAUGGGCACCCUCCUGAUCAGCAAGAUCCGCGAGGAGUAUCCAGACCGCAUCAUGAAUACCUUCAGCGUCAUGCCUUCGCCCAAAGUGUCCGACACCGUGGUGGAGCCCUACAAUGCCACGCUAUCAGUCCACCAGCUGGUGGAGAACACAGACGAAACCUACUGUAUCGACAACGAGGCACUUUACGACAUCUGCUUCCGCACUUUAAAGCUAACCACACCCACGUACGGCGAUCUCAACCACCUGGUCUCAGCCACUAUGAGUGGGGUCACCACCUCCUUGCGAUUCCCAGGCCAACUAAACGCAGAUCUGCGCAAACUAGCUGUCAACAUGGUGCCCUUCCCUCGCCUCCACUUCUUUAUGCCUGGGUUUGCACCCUUAACUGCAAGAGGAAGCCAGCAGUACCGCGCACUCACCGUGCCUGAGCUCACCCAGCAGAUGUUUGACGCCAAAAACAUGAUGGCCGCCUGCGACCCACGCCACGGACGCUACCUCACAGUGGCCACCGUCUUCCGUGGCCCCAUGUCUAUGAAGGAAGUGGACGAGCAGAUGCUAGCUAUCCAGAACAAGAACAGCAGCUACUUUGUGGAGUGGAUCCCCAACAACGUCAAAGUAGCGGUCUGCGACAUCCCGCCCCGGGGGCUCAAGAUGGCCUCCACUUUCAUCGGCAACAGCACGGCCAUCCAGGAGCUCUUUAAACGCAUCUCCGAGCAGUUCUCCGCCAUGUUCCGCCGCAAGGCCUUCCUGCACUGGUUCACAGGAGAGGGCAUGGACGAGAUGGAGUUCACCGAGGCUGAGAGCAACAUGAAUGACCUGGUGUCCGAGUACCAACAGUACCAGGAGGCCACAGCCAACGAUGGAGAAGACACGUUCGAGGAAGAUGAGGAGGAAGUCAACGAGUGAAUGCUGCUAUUUUUUUUUGUGGUGGUGCACACACACAUAUUAUUAAUGUGCUGUGAGUUUUUUAUGAAGCUGUGAUUUUCUUUUUUUAUGUGAAUUAACAUCCUAGUGAACACUAGGAGAAAAGUGUUUGCAAUAAACUUUAUUGAAAGAGCUAAA